UUUUAUAAAAUCCAGAACACCACAGCUGCGCCGAUUUGAUUUACCUGCAGGCCGCAUUUCCUCAUUUUAUUUUGGUUUUCCGAGGAAUAGGCGUUUAUUUCCGGAUAUAAUGGAUACUCUAAAGGGCAUGCUGAAGGCGUACGAGGCGUGGGUGGCCAAAAACCCGGAUGUGGUGGGUGAUUUUGAGACCACUGCCAAGUGGGUAUCCUACUUUAUAGCAGGUCGCAUUUCCUCUUCGAAUGUGGUCAGUGAGCUGGUGUACACGCUGUCCAAUAUGCUGGUUUUCUACAACGAUCGGAUCAUCGAACGGGAACGUAAUGCCCGGGAGAAUUCGGUGAUCCAGCUGCAAUCGAAACUUUGCUACCGUCUAAAGGUCACACUGACGACACUUGAAUAUAGCGAGGUUUUCAUCGAGAUAUCGGCCCGCCGGCUGUUCGGUCAAUCCGGCAAGUGGCUGGUGAUAGCGCUAAUACAGGCCUUCAAGGCGGCGGGGCGUUUCUUUAUCUUGAAGCACUCCACCUCGGAUAUAAUCACCUCGCCACCCAUCGCCUCACUGAACCGAAGGGCACUGGGCAAGCACAGGAAGUCUUCGGCGGAUGAGGUGCCCUCCACCAGCGACGCGCUGCAGUCCCAGCACUCCAUUACCUUCCAACUUAAGCGAUCCGGUCGAGUGAUCCGUAAAGUGGAGGGUGCUCCACCGCUACAAUAUCGCGAUUUUAAGCUCCAUGUGGACAACAAUGAGGCGGUGAAGACGCAGAUCCCAAAGAAACUGCUUCAAGCCGAGUACCUGUAUAUAUCCAAGCCACUCAUCCACCUGGCCGCCAUGGGAUUGUUCGGUCAGCGGAGCUGGAAGCAGUAUAUGGUAGCUCUGUCCAUCGAUCUGUACAGCAUUCACCUGUACCGCCAGCACCGCGAUCUCAUGUCCAAACAACAGAAACUGGAGCUGAGCCGGCGAUGCAUCAACAUUAUGUACUUCCUGGUCCGAUCGCCGUUCUACGACAGUUUCACCAAGUCCAGGCUGGAGCGCGUCCUGGACUUUGUGGCCACCAGUGUACCCAUUGCAAAGGUGGUGGCCGGACCCCUGAAAGACUACAUUCCCACGUGGCAAAGCACUUACUUCUACCUCUGGUCCACUUAGGUAUUCUGGCGAUACAGUGAGAGUAUUCCCCCAUAGGCUAAGUUUUAAAGUUGCAGGUGUGGAUGUAUUGGGUGUUUACAGAGGGUGGGUCGAUUUUUGUUGCUUAGCAUUGCAGAAGAGGAAAGUAAAUCCCUGGACAAAUAAACUAAUUGCACCUAAAAUUCUUAAGAUAAUUGGAUUAACAUGAAUUCAUUUUGAGAAUGCCAAAAUAAACAAUUUUUUUACGUUGUUUCAUAAAGCUAAACCUUAGUUUCAAGAGCUUUCAGAUAGCCAGAGUCUUUAAUUUGUAUUAUUAUUCUUAUAGAGAUUUAAAAAAAAUAAACAUACGAAUAAGUCGUUAGAAGUUGAUGCAAAUGAAACAUCUUUUUUGAGUGAAGGUAGACGAAUAAAGUGAAGGGGAAAUAUGUAGUUCAAAUAUCCAAAAAUUACUUUCCAACUACGAUUUUCCAGAUGAUCCUUAAAUCGACCCACCCUAAUUUGAGGGAUCGCUGAUAUUUAUAUAAAAAAUGCUAAUUGAUAGAAUUGUUUUGUAUGGCUUUUUAAAUUAUAUAUGGAACAAUAUUUUUACACAUACAAUUAAACGAAAUUUUUCACUUA